AUGGUCUCCUCCGCCGCCGCCUUCGAUGGGCAGCCCGGACAAGUAGCCUACGCGGCCUCAAAGGGGGCGGUAGCAUCGCUCACCCUGCCGAUGACGCGCGAUCUGGCGAGGUAUGGGAUUAGGGUUGUGACGAUCGCGCCGAGUUUGUUUGAUUCGAGGAUGACGAGUGUGAUGAGCGAGAAGGUGAGGGGGAGCUUGGAGAGGGUUAUGGAGUUUCCGCUACGUCCCGGUAAACCCCACGAGUUCGCACAGCUCGUGACGCAGAGCAUCGAGAACGUAAUGUUAAACGGUGUUGUGCUGAGGCUGGAUGGCGGGAUGAGAAUGCCGAGUAAGAUGUGA